UUUCAUAUUUCUACGCCUGACAUACUUACACACACAGAAGCGGACAAACAGACAGACAUACAUACAUACAGCACAUCCGUAUGUGGCUGUGUACAAACAAACAAAUAAACAUGCCGAACGAGCAAUAACGACAAACGACAACGACAACGGCAGCAACGGCAACGACAAAACGAUUCGCCCGCCUGAGUCCGAUAUUUCGAAUGUAGUGAUUCAGUACGCUGUGUGGCUGUGCGAAAAAACUAUCAAAACAUUCCGCCUUCGCUGGUGUUCAUUGCACAAAUAAUAAAGCAACGCCAAAGCAUAACGGAUAAAGUAGUCCUGUUAACUGAAUUGCAAUUAAAUACAGUGUUUUUAAAGAAUUUUGAAAAAUAAGUUUCGAAAAAAAAGUUUUGAAAAUUUUCGAAAAAAAAAAAUUGAAUUUUUUUCGUGAAAAUUGUUUGAAAAAAUAUUUGCUUGUAUUUGUAAAGUGCAGUUAUAGAACAACAAUUGAUUUUGUUUGUUGUAAACGCGUGUCGUUCGGUGCAAAAACGUUGAAUUAAAUUUUUUUCGGCAGCUGCUUGUGUUUAAUCGCACACACACACAUAUAUAGAGACAAACGCGCCGCUAGUGCAUAGUUAUCUGCCAUAAUCAGCAGAUUCCUCAAAUUGUCAUUGGGACAAAUUAUCGAAAAUUUCUCUUUCACUUCGGGAAAGCCAGCCAGCCUGCUAGUCAGCGAGUCAGCCAGCCAGCCAGCCAUGACAUCAGUGCGCAACAAUGCAGUCUCCGCGAGCGUCGCCGCUCUGCUGCUGGGAUGGGUUAUUUUUGGGUGCCUCAAUAAUUCGGUACUGGCAGAUGUCGCGCAGAAAUCAGAUGAAAAAUCCACAGACAGCACAGAUCCAGAUGACUUUUACGACGAGUCAAGCCCUGAGAAUAUAAAGGCGCCAUCCAAACCGCCACAACCAACAAUAACUCCGUAUUUUGAGGAGGCAAAGAAAACUGUUUAUGCCAAAAAGAACGCCACAGUGACUUUAACUUGUCCAGUGAAGGAUUAUGACGAAUCGCAUCACCUAAUUGUCUGGUUUAAGAACAACAACACCAUCACCACCGGGCAGGAAAUCGUCGCCGACGCAACACUCUAUCAUCUGGACAAGGACAUGAAUUUGGUUGUGAAUCACGUGUCGGAGAAGACCGCAGGCGACUACUCGUGCACCGUUAUGCCGCAUAAAGCCAAAAUGGACAUACAUUUGAUAAUCGGCGAGGAGCCUGUAGCCGAUAAUAAACAGAUAAUGGUGAGCGCAAGCGCUCUACUCCUGCUCUCCACAUUGCUGGCGCGAGAAUUGUGCUUUGGCAUUUUACGUUUAGAUACAUUCUUUUAGGCAUGCAGUUCGUAAGCGCAGCUUCUUACAUAUUUGCACAUUUAGCGAAUGUGUGAGAAAUGCAAAGAAAAUGCAAACAAAAAAAGAUAUUAUUGUAAUUGUACCAUAGCUGAGAAUAAUUGUUUUUGUAUUUAUUUUAUUUUAUUUUUUUUUUUGUAUUUUUUGUCUGCAUCCACUAAAUACCACAACUUGCAUACUUUAUAGCAGAAGACUUAAACCCACAGGCAGUUAGUACAUAAAUAUAGAGUACCCGUUUAUGGUACCAAAUACCAAAUAGGCAGGCAAUUAUAUAAUGUAGUGCAUUUGAUAGUAUAGAACACAGUAUAAUAGCGAUGAACACAAUAGUACUUUAAACGAAUAUGUGUAUGUAGGUAUGUAUGUGCAGUGAAUUGGCUUGCAAGAGCUUUUUAACGCUGGAAAAACUGUAAAUUUGUUGUGAAGCAAUGAUAUUUAGCAUAUUUCAAGUUUAAAUUGCGCAUAAAUGGAUUUUCAUCGAAACGACGUAUGCACAUUUUUGGUAUUCGUCGAAAGGAUGAACUAAUAUUUUUCGAGAAUACUGAAGUAAAAUAAUGAUUAUGAAGAAAAAAUGUUUUAUUUUUAUAAAAGAAAAUCUCAUACAGUAUCAGAAAAGUCUAAUUUUAGUCUUCAUCGAAAGGACGAACACGUAUUUCUACAAAUAUGCUUAUUUUUUUAAUAAUUCACAAGGAAAAAAAUUUCGUUCCUAUGAAAAAGUAUAAUUUUGGUUUUCAUCGAAAGGACGUAUGUAAAUUUUUACUUUUCGUGGAAAGGAUGAACCCAUAUUUUUUCGGGAAUGAUAAUUUUUGUAAUGAUUAUAAAGAAAUAAUUUAUAUUUGUUAAAAAAAAAAAUCUCAUACAAAAUCAGAAAAAUCUAUUUAUAAUUUUCAUCGAAAGGACGAACUCGUAUUUCUACAAAUAUGCUUAUUUUUUUGAUAAUUCACAAGCAAAAAUGUUUUUUUUUUAAUUUCGUUGUAUAAUUUUGGUUUUCAUCGAAAGGACGUAUGUAAAUUUUUACUUUUCGUCGAAAGGACGAACACAUGUUUUUCCGAGAAGGCAAAUUUUUGUAAUGAUUACGAAAAAAAUGUCUCUUUUUUAUUAAAAAAAUAUUGUCCCACAGUAUCAGAACAGUCUAAUUUUAGUUUUCAUCAAAAAUACGAACUUAUAUUUCUACAAAUAUGCUUAUUUUUGUAAAAAUUAACAAGGAAACAUGUUUUUAUGGAGAAAAAUUCCAUUCCCUAUUGAAGAAUUAUAAUUUUGGUUUUCAUCGAAAGGAUGUAUGAUAUUUUUACUUUGCACCGAAAGGAUGAACUCAUAUUUUUUCAAAAAUACUGAAAAAAAUUAUGAUCAUAAAAAAAUGUUUUUGUCAUAAAAAAAAAAUGCCGUUAGACCAGCGUAGAUAAUUUUAGCAAACAAAAAUUAAAGGAAAUUUUAGACCGAGUUGAAUAUUUUAAGUUACUGUUAACAACAUACAAGUAGCACUCGUAAGUCAAAUCUUUCUGAGUAUGUAUAAUAGCAAAAAUAUCAAACUUUGCGAUAAAGUUGCGAGUUGCCAGAUAGAGAUUUAUAUCUAAGCAAAUACUAUAGUGUCGAAUCGAUGAAAACUCAUUUCUUUUUUUAAGUGCGUAUUCUCGAAUUGUAAAAAGUAAUUAAAGACGAUUUGCAACAGUAAAAAAAUAGCAUGUAUUUAUUAUACAUAUACAUACAUAUGUAUAUGUACAUUAUAUAGAUAUUUCUAAUUAUAGAACACAGAAAUAAGUUUGAUAAAUUAUUUUACUAGUGUAACUAGUACUUUUUUCAAAUAAAAACGUUUAACAAAACAAAAUUAUUAUACAGUUAAUUUUAUAUGAUUUACAAAACUAUUUUACAAGUAAAAUGACAAUGCGUUUGAAUAUAUUUUUCACAAAAAAAAAAUAUUUUUCUGCGUUCCAGUGAAGAAUUUUUAAUUUAGGGAUAUUUUAUAAUGUAUUGGGAAUUUUUUAGAACAUUCCUUUUUUGUAGCAAAAACAUUUUUCUGAGUUUCAGUGAGGAGUUUUCAAUUUGGGGAUAUUUUUUAAUGUAGGGCAAUUUUUUUUAACAAACCAAACAUUUUCAUGCACUUUAUGUGCUAUAUACUAUCAAUUUCGAAACAAAAUCUCGAUUUUCUGCGAAAAUUUUUAGUUUACGUCAUUUGAUUUAAAUAUUUUUUUAAGAAAAAAAACAUGUUUCUGAGUUUCAGUGAAGAAUUUUAAUUUAGGGAAAUUUUUUAAUGUAGGGGGAAUUUUCAUUCUUUUUUUUUGUAGUAAAAACAUUUUUCUGAGUGCAGUGAAAAAUUUUUAAUUUAGGGGAAUUUUUUAAUCUUGGGGUAAUUUUUUAAUGUAGGCGGAAUUUUUCGAACAUUCUUUUUUUUUGCAACAAAAACAUUUUUCUGAGUUUCUGUGAGGAAUUUUUAAUUUAGGGAUAUUUUUUAAUAUAAGGGGAUAUUUUUUAGAAAAUUUUUUUGUUUUGUAGCAAAAACCUUCUUCUGCGUUUCAGUAAGACAUUUUUAACUUAGGGAAAUUUUUUAAUGUAAUUUCCCUUACAUUAUUACUAGAAAAUUUUUAAACAAGCAAAACAUUUUCAUUUUGUAUUCGUCUAUUGGAUGAAUACUAUUUUUUACAGUAAUUUUGGCUACAAAUAUAUAUUUUCGAUCACUACAAGUGUUUUAACCAUCAAUUUAGAAACAAAAAAAUCGAUUUUCUGCCAAAAUUUUGUGUACGUCCAUUCGAAGUAUUUUUUCUAGACUGCGAAAAUAUGCCGCAUUUAAUUUUCUUAUUUCCACUGUGAAUUUCCUUUGUUAAAAGGUAUAUUUUUUUCCACCAGACAUGUUCGUCUAUUGGAUGAAUACUUUUUUUUAUAUUUUCCGCUACAAAUCGUCUUUUCUUACACUGAACUCACGCACUUAUACAAAUUUAAUUAUACAGCAAACACAUUUUUAUGCAAAAAUAUGCAAAUUGACUUCAAAAGCAAAAGCUUCUUCAAAUCUAAAGUAUUAAGAGAAAAAUAUGUAUGAAUACACGAGUCAGCCAUAGGUACGUAAAGUAGUUUUUGUUCUAAACUUUAGCUGUUGAUUUAGUACUUUAUAAUUGCAUACAUAUGUACAUGUUUGGAUAUAUAUACACACACACAUAUUUAUUUACAUACAAAUAUAUAUAGCAUAAUAUGUACUCGUUGUAAGGACUUUGUAUUGUCGAAAGGAACUUGGAAACCUAAACAGCAGUUAUAAUAGAAAUACUUAAGAAAAUCUAAAUGAAAAUGUAAAACGAAGCUAAAGAAUUGCUGAGAGGCAAGCAUUAGUUGAAUCAAAUGUAAGAUACAUACGUUUUGAUUAUGGAUGUACAUACAUAUGUACGUAAGUAGAAGAGGAAGCAGUGAAACCGAAAAGUGCCAUUAUUUUACACAGAGUUAGCGAGACGCAGAAAGUAGUAUGAAGAUAGCGAGUAGUUGACGAAAAUUUUUGCGAACGCUUUCGAGCAGAAAAACAAGUAUUUUUGAGAAAAAAUUGCCGUGAGAAAUUAUUAGCAAAAAAUAGUUAAAAAAUUUAUUUUAGCGGGGGAAAAGUCAAGAAUUUUACAGUAAAGAAAAUUUCAUUGAAAAUUUUUAGUAAAAAAUUAAAAAAUUUAUAUUGGCGAACAUUAAAAAAAAAUCAAGAAUUUUCCAAAAAAAAAAUUGUAUUGAAAAAUUAUUAGCAAAAAAAAUUUAACACAUUUUUAAAAAGAAAAUCAAGUAUUUUAGAGGAAAAAAUUUUCAGUGAAAAAUUAUCAGCAAAAAAUUUAAAAAGACUUUUGAAAAAAAAUCAAAAAUUGUACAAAAAAAAAUUCAGUAAAAAAUUAUUAUAAAUGAAAUAAGUUAAAAAUAUAUUUUUUUGUUGAUUUAAGUAUUUUACAAAAAAAAAAAAUCAUUAAAAAAAAUAUUAGAAAAAAUUUAAAAAUUAAUAUCAGCGAACGCUUAUAAAAAAUCAGGUAUUUUUCAGAAAAAUAAAUUAAUUAUUUGCAAAAAAAAAUUUAAAACGCUUUUAAAAAGAAAAUCAAGUAUUUUACUGAAAAAAAUUUCGUUGCAAAAUUAUUACCAAAAAAAUAAGUUAAAAAUUUUAUUUUAGUGAAUAAAAUAUUUUACAAAAAUUUUUUUAGUAAAAAAAUUAAUAGCGAAAAAAUUUUAUUUUGUUCAAGGGAACGCUUUUAAGAAGAACAGGAAGUGUUUUUCAGAAAAAAAAUUUCAGUGAAAAGUUAUUUGCGAAAAAGUUAAGAAUUUAUUUUAGCGAAGGCUUUAAAAAUGAAAAUCAAGUAUUUUUCAAAAAAAAAACUUUUCAGUAAAAUAAUGUUUACCAAAAAAAAGCUAAAAAUAUGUGCAAAAAAUAUUUUCUAACAUUUUUUUUUAAAUAAUUUUUUUUACAUUUUUUCUAUAAUUUUACUUUCUAAAAAUAUUUUUUUUUAUUUUUUUUUAACAAAAGCUUUAUUUUAUUUCCAAAAAAAAAAAAAUAUUUUCAAAAACGAAAAUUAUGAAAAAAUAUAUAUAAAAAUUUAUUUAAAAAAAAAAAUAUUUUUUUAGAAAAUAUGAAAAUAAAUUCUAAAAGUGAAUACACACGCAUAUAUAAAUAACGGUGAAAACUUAUAUAAGUGCGCAUUAAACUCUAUUAUAACUGCUUGUUUACGCUGUCGUGAGUACAAAUUUUUAUUUAGGAUAUUGAAAGUGGUGACGUAUGUAGGUGGAUUGUAUUGAAAUAUUGAAACAUUGUAUUGUAUUGUAGUUGUAGCUAUGCUUGUUAAUAGCUGAAAGAUAUUAUUAUUAUUAUGAAACUUAUAAUUAAAAUAGUCAAAACAAAAGCAAAAACAACAAAAUAAAACAGUUGAAAAAUGUAAUGUAAUGAAAAUGGUGGCAGCUUCUGUACAAGCAACGCAACAGCAGCAUGCAGCAGCACUAAAAAAUGCCUUUUCAAAAUCAAAACUAAAUUAUAAACCAAAUGAAGCAGAGUAACAAACGAAAAAUGAUCACAUGUGUGUACUUAAAAGUUAAAGCAAACCCAAAGAAAGCAAAGAAAGUAGCAUUGAAGGUGGCUAGCAGGCAUUUGCACGCAUUGCAGUUUUUAAAAUGUAUGGCAAGUUUCAAAAAAUGAAAAAGAAAAAUGCGGAAAAAUAAAACCGUAUGUACUUAUUUUUCGAAGUGGCAAAAA